UGCACGACGAGUAUGUCAGAGUGUGUGAGUGAUGCCGCGCCAAGGCACACUAUCAUCUUGCUCCGUUGGGGAAACGCAAGCACCAACAGCAUUCCACCUUUAGGCCUAUAUAGUUUUUUUUUUUUUCCUUCUUGAACACAGGGCGUCUUAGCUCUGUAUCAUCCAGCCAAACAAGUGAUGGUGACGAGUGAACUAACGUGUUUACGUUCGCAGCGCUAACGAAAUGUUCGCUCGCUCUGUGCUGCGCACUCGUGUGUGAGACACCACAUUCACUGAAGUAGUUCCUGUGUGGCCCUGGAGAGUUCCCAGUUCCGGGCGUUGAGUGUUUUUCCACCCCCUUUCUUUCUCUCUUGCUGUGUUUUUUCCCAGUCAGAAGUGUUGCUUGUUGAGUAACCGACUUGGAGCCACCAGUGUCGUGUGCGCGCGCGCGGAGAGCUGAGGAGGACCUAGCCUUCACCGCCGCUGCCAAAAAGUGCACCGCUGAUGUUUUCCACCGCUCGCUUGAGGACCGUGGACUUUUCUCAUGGACAUGGAUCGCUUUCGCCUUCUUUAGUUGGAUACCGACCCGUCGGCACGACGAGGCUAUUUGCUUCCCGCCGGUGAGGAGGAUUUUCUUGCCCCUCUCUCUCUCCCUCCACUUCAGCCCGGUUCGCGGCACUUCAUCUCCUCAAGCAGUGAUGUUGCUACGUGACGGGAAUUGAGAGGAUUUUUUUCUCCGUAUUCGCCAAAAAGAUAUCGACGAAAUUACAGACCUUACAAGAAGAGAUCCCCGCCCACUCUGAGCAUGGACGUGGCGAGCGAGGCCCAUGUUCUGGUGCUUUUCCUCACCUGCCUGGUGUCACUGUGCUGGGCCCAGGAGAAGGACUACACGGUGAAAGAGGAACAGCCCGAGAAUGUGCGCAUUGGAAAUCUGCGCAAAGACCUGGACCUGAACCUGGACCCCAACAUUAAGCUGUCCUCAGCCCUGCAGUUCAAACCGGUCUAUAAGACAGGCGAUGUGCCUUUGGUGAGGGUGGAGGCCAGCACAGGGGAAAUCUUCACCACUGCUAAUCGGAUCGACCGGGAGAAGCUUUGUUCUGGAGUCUUCAACGAGAAGCGCUGCUUCUACGAGAUAGAGGUGGCCGUGCUGCCAGAUGAGAUUUUUCGACUGGUCAAGAUCCGCUUCCUCAUCGAAGACAUCAAUGACAAUGCACCCCUGUUCCAGUCUACUGUCAUCAACAUAUCUAUUCCUGAGAAUACAGCAAUCAACAACCGGUAUCCAGUCCCCUCUGCCUUUGACCCUGACGUAGGGAUCAAUGGGAUCCAGCACUAUGAACUCGUCAAGAGUGUGAGUGAGUUCGGCCUGGACAUCAUCGAAACUCCAGAGGGAGACAAGUGGCCCCAACUUAUAGUCCAGCAGAACCUGGAUCGAGAAACGAAGGACACCUUUGUGAUGAAAAUCAAAGUGGAAGAUGGUGGCAACCCUCCAAAGUCCAGCACAGCCAUUCUCCAGGUCACUGUCUCAGAUGUGAACGACAAUCGUCCGGUGUUCAAGGACAGUGAAGUGGAGGUGAACGUGCCUGAGAAUGCCCCAAUGGGGACAUCAGUCACACAACUUCAUGCCACCGAUGCUGAUCUGGGCACCAACGCCCAGAUCCACUUUUCCUUCAGCAACCAAAUCUCCCCAGCUACCAAACGACACUUUGCUAUCGACAGCUCAACUGGAUUGAUUACCGUCAAGCAACCACUGGACAGAGAAACCAACCCAGUCCACAAGCUUAUUGUCCAUGCCAGUGAUGGCAGCACCACCCCUUCAAGGGCUACCGUGAUAGUAAAUGUAACAGAUGUUAACGACAAUGUUCCGUCUAUAGACACUCGGUAUAUAAUGAACCCCAUUAAUGGCACUGUAUUGUUAUCUGAAAAUGCCCCUCUAAACACAAAAAUAGCUCUAAUUACUGUGACUGACAGAGAUGCUGACCUUAAUGGUAAAGUGACAUGUUACACUGAUCAUGACGUACCCUUUCGGUUGAAGCCAGUUUUUAACGACCAGUUCUUGCUGGAAACUGCAGCACCCUUAGAUUAUGAGACUACUCGAGAGUAUGCAAUUAAGAUAGUUGCUUCGGAUUCAGGGAAGCCUCCUUUGAACACUUCCGCAAUGGUCCUCAUUAAAAUCAAGGAUGAGAAUGAUAAUGCCCCAGUUUUCCCUCAGCCAGAGAUUCAGCUGUCCAUCCCAGAGAACAAUGACCCUGGCACACAGCUGAUAAAGAUCAGUGCCACAGAUGCAGACAGUGGUUCUAAUGCCCUUAUUAUUUAUUCCCUUGGCCCAGAUGCACCUGAUGGCUUUAGCAUAGACUCUCGAUCUGGUAUACUCUCUGUUAGCAAGCGGCUGGAUAGAGAAAAACAAGAAAAGUAUUCCUUCACAGUCAUUGCCAGGGAUAAUGGUUCUAACCCUCUGCAGAGCAAUGUCACCGUGAAGCUAAUUGUCCAAGACCAAAAUGACAACAGUCCAGCCUUCACCCAUCCUGAAUACAAUUUCUAUGUGCCUGAGAACUUGCCUCUGUACGGCACAGUUGGUUUGAUCACAGUUACUGAUGCAGAUGCCGGCGAUAACGCUGUGGUCACUCUCUCAAUCAUAAAUGGGAAGGACAAUUUUAUUAUCGACCCCAAAACUGGUGUGAUCAAACCAAAUAUUACGUUUGACAGGGAGCAGCAAAGUUCCUACACCUUUGUAGUCAAGGCCGUGGAUGGAGGACUGGCUCAGACAACUUCAUAUGCCAAGGUUACUAUAAAUGUUGUUGAUGUCAAUGACAAUCGGCCGGUGUUUGUCAUCCCCCCCUCCAAUUACUCCUAUGACCUCGUCCCUUUCACAACCAGCCCCGGCUCUGUGGUGACCAGAGUGUUUGCCAUUGACAACGACACUGGCAUGAAUGCAGAGCUGCAGUACAGCAUCAUUGGAGGGUCAUCAAGAGGACUGUUUGCUAUUGACAAAACUACAGGAAACAUUACCCUGCAGGAGAAGAUUGCGAAUGCUGAUCAGGGCCUCCAUAGGUUGGUGGUGAAGGUCAAAGACUUAGGCCAGCCAGAAUCCCUGCAUGCAAUUGCCCUGGUUCACUUGUUUGUGAAUGAUACUGUAUCCAAUGCCACAUUCAUUCAGGAGCAAGUGCGCAAAAGCAUGGAAACUCCUUUGGACAGAAAUGUUGAAGACAAUGAUGUCAUCCCUCAGACCAGUGGCUAUGUGAUUGUUGUCAUAGCCAUAAUUGCUGGGACUAUGACUGUCAUAUUGGUUAUUUUUGUGACUGCUUUGGUACGUUGUCGACAGACGCCCAGACACAAAGUUGUUCAAAAGGGCAAGCAGAGUGGCGAGUGGGUGUCACCAAACCAGGAGGGCCGUCAGAUCAAAAAGAAGAAGAAGAAAAAGAAGAGGUCCCCCAAGAACCUGCUGUUGAACUUUGUGACUAUUGAAGAAUCCAAGUCUGAAGACCCUACUCAUGAGCACAUCAAUGGCACCUUGGACCUCCCAGUUGAGCUUGAGGAGCAGACAAUGGGGAAGUAUAACUGGGCCACCACGCCAACAACCUUUAAACCUGACAGCCCUGACUUAGCCAAGCAUUACAAGUCGGCCUCUCCCCAGCCUACCUUUCAGAUCAAACCAGAGACCCCAGUGGCUCCUAAGAAGCACCAUGUGAUUCAGGAGCUCCCCUUGGACAACACGUUCGUAGUUGGCUGUGACUCACUCUCCAAAUGCUCCUCCAGCAGCUCCGACCCGUACAGCGUCUCAGAGUGCAGCUGUCAAGGGAGCUUCAAGCCAGCCGGGCAAAUCCACACCCGACAGGAGACGGCACUGAAACCACCACUCUAUGGCACACUCUGUGGCACAGGUACAGCUCGCUCCCACAGGAUAAAAAUCAAUCUCUAGCUGCCAUAUCCUAAAGAGAGAGAGGGAGGGAGAGGAAGGCACUGACUGAAGAGGGGAAAAAACGCAUACUGUACAGGUUUCUGCAGCCUCAAACAAGACCUAGCGAGGAGCGCCAGACUAUUUUAACUGAAACGACACAUCUUGUUGCCUGCUUGAAGCUCAUCCAAAAACUCUGCUAGUGAUUUUUUUGUAGGCGAUUUGAAAUGCUUUGUUAAAUCCCUUUGUCCUCACUUAUUAGUCUCCCCAAAGAAAGGCUCGAGAGAACUCUUUGGAACAGUUCUCCUCACUCUGCUCACCCAAAUGGCAUAAAAACAGUGGAGAAUUAUGUACAGGAUGUUUAUAUAUAUGUGUUUAUGUAUAUUCAGCACAGUCCUUGUUGUCUGUGUGUCUAUUUAUUUAUUUGUUUGCCUUGAUUUUACCAAUUGGACAAAGAUCAACACAACAUUAACAUGCCUGGUGGCUGUUUUUUUUGUCUUUCUUUUUUUUUUCUUUUGGCUUUUACCACUGAACUUACCCAUUCUGGGAAUUACUCAUGAACUUGACUGAAAAUUUCUGAUGCUGCAGUCCAUGUUCCACAUGGCCUUGGUGACUGUUCUGGCCGUGUCACACUGUACCUCCUUCUUGAUGAUUGCCUCCGUUCUCUUCGCCUAGUGACACUGUUAAUGCAAGUAAAUAGUGUGGCUAUUUCAAUGCAUGACCCUCCAUAGGAGGUAUCACUGCAUCACAGUAUUCUGUGUCACUGAAUGCCUCAAUAUGUCAUUUGGAACUCGGAGGAGUUAAAAA